AUGGCAUAUGUUACUGAAAGAUGGGUUUGCCCCUUUUAUCUCUAUGAUUAUGAUCGUCAAGAGAAAGAGAGAUUGGAUCCUCUCACUAUUCAAUAUGUUAAAGUACAUUUGCAACAACGAAAAACCCCAAUUAAGAAGCAAUGCUCUUCUUUGUCCGAUGUCAAAACUGUCUAUGCAAGCCUAGUAAAGGUGGAAGAAGCAUGCACUCGAAUCGGAAAAGCCCAGCCCAGAAACAUCGAAAGCAAUCUGGAUCCCAACCUCGAGCAGUGGGAGGCUCUCCAGGCUAUACACCAUACGCUCUUGCACCAGCAUAAUGAGCUCCCCAUCGCCUCCUCCACACUCAGUCCACAACUACGCGAAUUCAGAAAGAUCGCCUAUGAUCAUUCCCUCCAGUCGCGCAGUUUGAGGCGAUUCAGUGACUGUCUGCUUCCUCUUCUGAAACGCGAGCAAGACUUGGAAUCAGCACGACAAUGGCUAGAGCUCAUGAAUUUAUCUUCUUCACUCCUUGAAAUACUUGGGAAGAAUGACUUGCUCUUCACCUACGAAGAAAUGACCCUUAUGAACUUGAUCGACCAGAUUGAAGCCAUAUUGGAGAGAUUGAAACAAUGGUUUAGGUGCAGAUACGAGGACUUGAGCUGCAUGAAAGAUGCGACGGAGGAACAAGGUCUGGCUGAGCCCAUCUUUGAGUUUCCAAACAACAUCAGGCAUACUUGUACAACAAUGCCGUGGACAAUUCUCCCAGCGCUGUUGGUACUCUGGGGUGUCUGUUGGAUGUUCAUCAUCGGUUGUCGCCAACCUGAGCAUGAAUGGGGAAAUGCUGCUGACCCCAUUAUCUCGCCCGUGCCAGCUGCUCAUGACUUUCACGCCGAAUUUUAUGGUAUCGGAAUUGAAGCAGAGGGGCCUCAAGCAUCGGUUGCAGAUGGGUCCGACAACAGACGAUAUCUCAGUCAGGAUACCCUGGAAGAACUCUGGGCUCAAGAUGUUGAGUUAAUGAAUGAACUGAUCCAUCCAUUGACCUUUGCUCAAACCAUCCCUCAAGAUCCGAACUUUCUGAACCCGGACAUGACGUCCCGGGGUGAUUCGGAAAGGUUGGAAUUGGCGUCGCAAGAUCCGGCUGAGAUAUUGCCAGCCGCCGCCCUGGAAAGAUCGAAUCUUAUGGCGUCCAUCAGUGCUGACAAUAGCGGGGAGGCGGAUGCUACAGGCAAUGCCGACAGCAGUGGCGAUGGCCACCGAACGAUUAACUCGGAUGACAAGGUCGAGGAGACGAAAGCCCCCUUUGCGUGUCCAGACUGUCAACGGACAUUUGCCAGGCCAUUUACUUUAAACCGACAUCGAACAGAGAAACACAGACAUGCAUCAAUCUUAGUGGAAUCAUUACUAUGUCCGAAUCGCGGCUGCAAGAGGUCCAAAGGAAAGCCUUUCAAGCGUGGAUUCCAUCUAAAAAGACAUGUUGACAGUUGCAAGCAUAGCCAGGAAGACCUUGGCCAGGGCAACAAUCAAUCUCGUCCAAGGUCAGCAUCAACGUCAACUCCGGCCACAGCUAUCACUCAGCAUCGCCAAGACUUCGGACCAGAUGAAGCUAUUAGAGACAAUGGCAUGAAGGAGAGACCAAGGGCUGAAGAGGAUGAAAGGUCGAAUGACAAAUAUCUCCUUGCAGAGAUGGUAAAAAAGUAUAAAAGGCUGGAACAGGAGAUCAAGGAGAAGCAAGAUGACUUAAAGGCACUCGGAAAGACUAUCCAAAUGUUGGGGAGAUCUUGA